CAAGAGCUAGUUCAGUUGUCAACAACUGGUCGGCGAGGAAGUCAAGUGUCAUCUGCGGUCUUACAUUAUACAAAUAUCGUUUGCGGACAAAUAUAUACGCAUUUUGUGUCUUUGUGCUUGCAGAACGAGACUGCGUUAGCUAAACGAAUCUAUUGAAGUCCGUCAGCUACAAUUAUGUGAAGUUGGCUAGUUCCCUGUUAGCAUCUACGUAGCUGGUGUUGGUGUUUUGAGGACGGGCUGCAGUGAGGCAGGCACUUUGGUGGCGUGCUCAGCCAUUAAAACUACACGUCUGCUCGAGACGUGUCCAAAUAUUCUGCUUCCGGGACGCAAGGUCCUCUUUCCAAUAACCUGCUAUGGAUCCUUUUGACUAUAACAGUACAGAGCGUGACACCCUGCCAAGGAACAUGAUUGAGAACAGCAUGUUCGAAGAAGAGCCUGACGUUGUGGAUCUGGCCAGAGACUCCGCAGCAUAUCCGACAUUUCCGGCCCUGGACCCAGAUGAGACCGUGUAUGAGCCUCGCAGCUCCCGGCUGCUGGUGCGAGGCUUGGGAGAGAAUGACGUGGAUGACGACGAAGAAGACUGCGGGUCUUCAGCCCGACUUUUGGGCAUGUCCUUCAUGAACCGCAGUGCCGCCCAGCGAUCGAACGCCUCUCCUUACGUCAGACAGCCUCUACCCAGAUCAUGUUCACCACCCUCAGCCCGCACCAUGGUUGUUUGUGUGCUAUUUUUGGUCAUAGUGGCUUCCAUGACCAUGGUGUUCUACUUUUUGCCUCGGUGCAACUUUACAAAGAUGGGAUGUCCUAAACAAGAAAACAAGACAUCUAAUGGCACUGAUGGCACAGGGGAACUCUUCCCCUGGGCACAAUACCAGCUCCCUCGUAGCAUACGUCCUCUCAGCUAUGACCUGACCUUUACCCCGGACUUCAGCACCAUGGAUUUCAGCGGCCACACUGUCAUCGACAUGUUUGUACUUCACAACACCAAGCGCAUUGUCCUGCACAGUGCUAAUCUCAACAUUACCAAAGCUACAUUCAAGCUCGGUGAUGGGGAGGCCAGUGAUAUCACCAUACUGGAGGACAAGCCGAGGGAGCAAAUUGCUGUUAAGUUCUCUGAAGAGCUGAAGGCAGGCCAGCACUGCGUGUUGACCCUCGACUACACCGCCAGUCUGUCACACACCUAUGAUGGUUUCUACAAUAGUUCCUACACAGAUCAAGAUGGAAACAAAAGGGUCCUAGCUGCAACCCAGUUCGAGCCGCUCUAUGCUCGAAAGGCCUUCCCUUGCUUUGACGAACCAUCAUUUAAAGCCACCUUUUUGGUUAAACUCAACAGGAAGCCGGAGUACCUGACACUCUCCAACAUGCCUCAGGCGCAGACCACGCAGCUUGCCAGUGGCCUCGUGCAAGACGAGUUUGCAAAGACGAGUGUCAACAUGAGCACUUACUUGGUGGCCUUCGUCGUGGGUAACUUCACCUCCGUCAGCAGAAACGUCUCUGACACUUUGGUUUCUGUGUACAGUGUACCAGAGAAGAAAGAGCAUACUCACUACGCUCUGGAUACUGCAUCCAAACUACUUGAGUUUUACAAUGACUUCUUUGAAAUUAGCUAUCCUCUUCAGAAACUAGACUUGGUUGCCGUCCCAGACUUCAUGGCAGGAGCCAUGGAGAACUGGGGUCUGAUCACCUUCAGAGAAACCGCCCUGCUGGUGGGGGGACACUCCUCGCUUCUGGAAAAACAACAAGUUGCUUCCAUCAUUGCACAUGAGCUGGCUCAUCAGUGGUUUGGAAACUUGGUCACAAUGAGCUGGUGGAGUGACCUGUGGCUCAACGAAGGCUUUGCCACUUAUAUGGAGUUCACGUCACUGCAGACGGUGCUGCCGCAGCUUGACAUGGGUAACUUGUUCUUAGCGAAUCGAUUCAGAGCCUUGGAUAAAGAUGCACUUAACUCCUCCCACGCCGUGUCUACCCAAGUCAAUACACCGGAGCAGGUGCACGAGAUGUUCGACUCUGUGUCCUAUCUGAAGGGGGCUUCCAUUCUUCUGAUGUUGAACACAUCUUUGCCUGGUGACCAGCAGUUCAGAAAGGGUAUCAUUCAGUAUCUGAAACAGUUCGCCGGUUUAAACACCGACACUGACGACCUUUGGAACAGUCUUACCGAGGUAGAGGUCUCAAGUCAGCAUCCAAAUGUGUCAGAGAUGAUGAGGUCAUGGACAUCGCAGAAAGGCUUCCCGUUGGUUACGGUAUCCCGUAAGGGGGAUGCGGUGAGCUUAAAACAGGAGAUUUUCCAGCUCAUGUCAGACAACGCCAGCCAUUCCUCCAGCUUGUGGAAUAUUCCGAUGACCUAUGUGAAUGACAGCUGUAGUUUGGGCCCUGAGUGCAAACAGUUGUUCAUGCUGAAUGCCCAGUCAGGAACUCUUAAGGUGUCAGCAACUGUGAAAUGGCUGAAGUUGAACUACAGGAACACAGGCUUCUACAUCGUUGACUAUGGAGAUGAAGGCUGGGCUGCUCUGACUGACGCUAUGACCAACAACUUCCAAGUUCUCACACAGGAGGACCGUGCCUCACUGAUACACAACAUCUUUGCACUCUCCAAACUUGGACGCGUGUCCUUCCGCCAAGUCCUCAGCCUCCUAAACUACAUGCCGAAUGAAACUGAGAGCAGUCCUGUGAAAGAGGCCUUGCUGCACCUCACGGACAUCUACAAGAUGCUGGACAAAAGAUACGAGCAGGGCCUUGUCACCCGCAUGAAGGCAUAUAUUCUGAAAUACUUUGGUGCGCUGAUGGAUAAACAAACAUGGACCAAGGAGGAAGAUUUCUCCAAACAGGACUUUCGAUCUGCCCUGUUGGAGACGGCCUGUCAUCUGGGGCAAGAAAAAUGCCAGCAGCAAGCGAAAGCCAUGUUCAAGCAGUACGUCGCGUCCAAUGGAACCUCCCAGAUUCCAGGCGAUCUGCAGCGAGCUGUAUUCACUGUGGCAGCUCAGUCCAGUGAAGACUGGGAAACUUUGCUCACUAUGUACCACUAUGCCACUUAUGACUCAGAGAAGCUAAAGAUGCUAAAGGGCUUAGCAUCCACCCAGGACACACAGAAAAUUGUGUGGCUUCUGAAUACAGGCUUGAAUGGUAAUAUGGUCCAGGUACAGAACCUUCCCCUGGUCAUCAGAACAAUCUGCGAAAGCUUUGCCGGCAACUUGAUUGCUUGGGACUUCAUUCAAGAGAACUGGAAGCAGCUCAUACAAACGUUCCCUAUAGGUUCCUUUUCCUUCCAAUCGAUCAUCGGGUCUGCCACGUCUCGGUUCUCUGAACAGUCACAUCUUAAUCAGGUGCAGUGUUUCUUCGACAGCCAGAGGGAGCACGGUUCUCAGUUGCGAAGCGUCCAGGAAGCGCUGGAAACCAUCCGACUGAACCAGCGCUGGAUGGAGAGGAAUCUUCCCUCUCUUGAUAAAUGGCUUUAAUGCAGGCCAGGCACUCCUUCCAUUCUCCGCUCUCCUCCCGACCCCUGAUACCGGUUUAGCUGGUCAACUGGGGUCACGUUGUCAAGACAACCGCAAAGUUUGCACUUUCGUCUCUUAGCUCCGUUUGUCCAGGUCUGUGUUGAGCUGGACCGGGUGACCUCUCGUAUAUGGGCUCCUGUGAGAUCUUAGCUAGCUCAGGGCGGCUCUGAUUGUAUCUGACAGCAACGUCAGACCUAAACACUCCUCACACUUGAAGCUGUCGACCAAACCUCACAUCAGACAAUCAUGCAAUCGAUCCACUUUGCUUUACAGACCCUUUCAAUCAGUGACUGUGCGAGCUGUUUCGUCGCUGCUCCUCAUAGAGCAAGUACAUGUUUGUCAGCAUUUUUUGUGUGUCCAUAAGCCUUGGACUGUCUUUCUGCUUUAUUCAUUAUAUAGACUGUGCAGCACAUUUAAAGACAUGGACUUGUUAAAAUUAGCAACGUUUCAUUUUGGUAAAAUGCGUACAGAAACAGUAGCAGCCUGUAAUUACACAAUUGUUAUGCAUCCUGCAGCGUUCGCCAUAUUAGAAAGUGGUUGGUCGACAAAAAAAGAAAGCAUGAUCCCAUUGUGUACAGUAGAUGGCGCACUGCACCACCGUGCUGGUUUCAAGCAACCAAGCAGGACACUUGGCAUAAUACAUACACUACACAGAGACAUUUUCUGUGUCAGUCCAAAGCCUAUUUUAACUUUGAUUUCCCGAAAUGUACAAUUCUGGAAUUAUAAUGUGAAUAUGUUUGGCCCUACAACAGCAGCAACAGUUUUAAAUGUGCCAACAAAACUUUUAACUCAUCUUGACCUUGCUCCACUUGAGGUUAGCUUUUUUUGUUUUUUCUUUUCUUCUCAUAUACAUAGAAUUUAUAGAGGAUUUUUAUUGAUAAAACCCGAUCAAUGCUCUUGUCCAAACACUUUUUACUGUAUUUCUUGGAUGUAUACCACCGCUUGGAGGUCACUUGCGGAGGAUUUGUUUGUAAAAGGGCUCACUUGUAUAGAAGAAUGUUUAUAUUGGGUAUCUGUCCUCAUCUGUCUGAUAUAAUGGUUUAAAGUUACUCCAGCUCCAGAGUAAAUCGCUGUCAAACUAUUUAUUAUCUUUACUUGACCCCAUCCCCACUGCAAGUUUUGCUCCAUUGUGUAUUUCAUUUCACGUUUUCCACAUUUUGCUGUUACAGCUGUUGACCCGCACUCACCUUACAUAGAUUCCGAUUAAUCAUACACAUUCGGUAUCUUCUUGCCGUCCACAAGACUUUAACCGUUACCCUUUGUGUGUCUGAUUGUGUUUGUUUGUGUUCCAUUUUGGCCACCAGCAGAAAGUGAACUCAGUAAUGAUUUGGUAUGAGACAGGAGGUGAGAUAUUAUCGUGAGGCGUAGCCUUCCAUAAAUGCUGACACGCUCUAGCUAUGCUGAAGAGACUCAUCAGGUCACACGAUGCAGUAAUCUUCAAAUGAUCUAAACACGUGUGUGUGUGUGCACGUGUGUGUGUGCAGAACAGAAUGGUUUGUAAUGUGCUCCCAACAGACAAAACUUCAGUCCAAUGACAUGAAAUUUAGUGGAAUAGUAACUGAUUAAACUGAAGCCACACAUUGAGAA